AUGACAUUUCUACAGAGUAAACCCUUCGAAGAUAUAAUUUACAACAAAGAAGGAUGCAAGGCGUUUCAUAACUUAUCCGAUCCAUCUAAGCACUGUGCAUUUUCAUUGGAUGAGACAAAUGGCUGUGGAGCGGUCGGUUGCUUCAUCGAGUACACUCAAAAAGCACUGUGUCAUGAAAGCUGGACGAAUCCGGAAACCUUCGAUGGGUCGUUUAUUUUCUUCAAUGUUAUGUAUACAAUCUGGUGCCUCUAUCUCUGCUUCUGCCUUGGUCUCGCUGCAGAUGCAUUCUUUGUUCCGACACUGACGAAGAUUGCCACUCAGCUUCGUCUAUCAGACAGCGUUGCCGGCGUCACUUUGGUUGCCUUCGGUGGUGGAGCUGCUGAUAUCUUCGCAUCAAUCGUCGCUUUUACCAAUCCAGAUCCUGAAGUAGCAAAGCUGGCGAUUGGAUCCCUCCUCGGAGCCGGCAUGUUUGUGAUCAUGAUCGUUGCCGGUGCCUGCAUGAUUGCCGUUGACUUUACCCCCGCUGCAAGACCUCUUUUACGAGACAUGAUAUUUUACCUCUGGUCGCUUUACUGGCUGCUUCACUGUCUUUGGGCUCAGAAGAUUACACUCUUUGAUUCCAUCGGAUUUCUGGUUUUCUACGCGUUUUACGUAACCAUGGUUGCUUUGGGAAGCAGAUACGGCAGUAAAAUCGGCCUCGUUAUGAAGCCGGAAAAGAUGUACCCACCGGUAGAGCCAGCCAGAAAUACCGUCAUGAGUACUCGUGCUCGAGCAAUCUCCAGCCUGAGCACAACAAACAAACGAAACACCGUCCAAUCUACAGCCGAAGUUGGCCUGAAUCCAGUUUCCGGUCAGCGUGCCCGUGCAUUUUCAAAUCUCAGCACCGUAGAAAACAAACUCGAAGUCCAGGCAAAGGAAGAACACUUCGUCAAAGACCUAAAAUGGUACUUGAAACAAGCUUGCAUACCAUGGGAUCCAGUUGAGUUCGAAGAAUUUGGACUCGGAGGAAAGAUCUUCUCUAUUUGCUUCUCUCCACUGUAUCUUCUGUGCAAAUGGUCGAUUCCAAUCGUUGCUCCAAACGAGAAAGAUAGCUGGAACAAGCCUUUGAUGCUCAUUCAAGCAGUCAUGUUUCCCUGGUCUUUCUACUUGCUUCUGAAGCAAUACGCUGAAGAUGAUUUUGGCCCACUCAACCGAGCGGUUAUUCCUGCUAUUAUAAGUGUUGUCCUAUUUGCCUUCGUUUUCCUCACGACAAUGAAGCUGCCCCUAAACAAGCCGCCAAAAUGGUACUUCCUCUCGACAAUCAUGGGCUUUCUCGGAUGCAUCGUGUGGAUUUACGUUAUCGCUACAGAGCUUGUCGGCGUUCUGACAUGCUUGGGGUACUUUUGGAACAUCAAUAACGUCGUGAUGGGCUUGUCACUGCUGUCAUGGGCAAACUCGAUCGGUGAUUUUGUGGCGGAUUAUUCGUUGGCCAAGGCUGGUCGAGCUAGAACUGCGAUCGCUGCCUGCUUUGGGGCUCCACUUUUGAACCUCCUUGUCGGUGUUGGAUUCGGUUGCACCGUCACCAUUGCUACUUCUUCUUCAAAAGAAUUCAUCCCUCUUGACUUUGGGCCAACCGAAGUUUCCCUCGUCGCCGGUGGAACUGCCAUUCUUCUCGCUCUUCUGCUGAUUUUACCGAUGACAAAUUAUCGAACAAACAAAAUGCUAGGUAUCUUCAAUAUGUGUGUUUAUGCUGUGUUCAUCUCCCUCUGUCUUUACUACGGGUUCCAGCUCUAG